CAAUUGUUCCUAUUUUUCCUCUCCAUCACCCUAAUGUAAAUUAGGAAUAACUGCCCUGGAGUCAGUGGGGCUGUUUUCCCCAUCCUCAUUCCCAUAUUACACCAAUCUUCACAAGCUAAGGGUCUGACUCAAGGAAAUUAAGGCGGUUUUCACAAAAAAAGAGUUAUUUUUUACUGAUCUAAUGCUGUCCCUUGCUCUCUUCCCUCCCUCUGCAGACAUCAAACAAUGUCCUGAGAAAGAAAAUGUCCAACCGAACCACCUUGACCGAGUUCCUUCUCCUGGGAUUCUCUGAAGUUAGGGAACUGCAGAUUUUGCACUUUGUUGUGUUUCUAGUGAUUUACAUUGCAGCCCUGGUGGGGAAUCUUCUUAUCUUCAUAGUUAUAGUCUUCGACCACCACCUUCACACCCCUAUGUACUUUUUCCUGAUGAAUCUGUCUCUCCUAGACCUUGGCUCCAUCUCUGUGAAUGUCCCCAAAUCCAUGGCCAACUCCCUCAUGAACACCAAGUCCAUUUCCUAUGCUGGAUGUGUUGCCCAAGUCUUUUUCCUUCUCUUCUUGUUGGAAGCAGAUUUUUCUCUUCUCACCAUCAUGGCGUAUGACCGAUAUGUCGCCAUCUGCCAACCACUGCACUAUGAGACAAUAAUGAACAGCAGAGCUUGUGUACAAAUGGCAACUGGUGCCUGGAUCAGUGGGAUUCUCUACUCUGUGCUACACACUGGGAACACGUUUGCAUUGACCUUCUGUGAAGGCAACAUGGUGGAUCAGUUCUUCUGUGAAAUCCCCCAGCUACUCAAGCUCACCUGCUCUGACUCAUAUUUGACUGAAGUUAGGGUUAUUGCUUUUAGUAUAUGUUUGUUCUUAGGCUGCUUUAUUUUUAUCAUUGUGUCAUAUGUUCAGAUCGUCAAAUCAGUGUUGAGAAUCCCCUCUGAGCAAGGCCGGCAUAAAGCCUUCUCCACCUGCCUCCCUCACCUCAUUGUGGUCUCCUUGUUUGUUUGCAUUUCUAGCUUUGCCUACCUGAAACCCACCUCCAGCUCCACAUCUGCUCUGGAUCUUGUGAUGGCUGUUCUCUAUUCUGUAUUGCCACCAAUCAUGAAUCCAAUUAUCUACAGCAUGAGGAACAAGGAGAUGAAAGCUGCCCUGAGGAGAUUGACUGGGUGUAUGUAAUUCACCAAGAAUUCAUUUCUGUUUUUAUCUAAUAAAAGUUUGCUUACUUAGUAUCUGUUCAUUUAAUGUCAGUGAUUUCCAUGACCACACAGCUUGCACACAACCAGGUCUGAUUCUGUUCUCAGUUGCACCAAUGCAAAUCCAGAUUAACUUCGCUGAUGUCACUGCUGCUGGGAAGAUUUACACCAGUAGAAAACCUG